UCUCCUAGCAACCGCAAACGUUUGCCCGCACUAUCACUUGGAAUGUUUAAAUUACUCAUUAAGUUUAAUCAAAUGUGUUCUUUUAAGAAAACGUGGAGUAACGAAAGCUUAGUGGCUAUUGUUUGAAUUGCUAUCAUGUUUUGCUAACAGGUUAAGGAUCAAGUGGGUUUGUGGUUUUCCGUGGAGAAGGAAAAUGAUAGUUGAAAGGUUCAAAUUGACUUGUGACAGACUUGUAUCGUACCAGCGUCUGGCUUGUAGUUGCGAUUACACUGGUAUCCCUCUGAAUAGCAAGGACAUUCUCAUUUACAGUAAUGUGGACGUGGAGCAAAAGGCCUUGCUGCUCACUGGCCAUCAUGGUGAAAUCACCUCUAUGACUUUUGGGAAAAAGAACUCACCUGUCCUUUUCUGUUCUGCAUCUGCUGAUUAUAUAAUCGUCUGGAAUGUAGAAGUGUGCCAGAGAAGAGUGAGCCAAGGUCAAAUUGCAGCCGGGACAAUUAUUGGAAGCCUACCAGGUGAAGUGGUCCAUAUUUCCUUCUGUUCGUCUGAUGAAAGAGUGGCUGCAUGCUCUGGAGCCACUGCAUAUGUUUUCAGCUCACAGAAACAGGAAACAAUCUCAACAUUAACUGGCCAUUUGGGGCCUGUAACGUCAGCAGAGUUUUGCUCGUGGGAUGAAAACAUUCUUGUCACCACAUCAGAGGACCGAACAUUUAAGGUAUGGGAUCUACAAACCGAAUCAGUUUUCUACCAGUCUUUCGUACUGUCAGCUUCUCCUCUGCUCAGUGUGUUCUUCAUGAAGGAAAAUGGACACAUAAUCACCGGCUCCACAAAUGGACAGGUUUGGUGCUUUUCUCUCCAGGCUGACUUUUCUUGUCAGCUCGUGACCAAAAUAGACCUUCACAAAAAUGACCAACGACAUCAAGCAGGUGUUGCGGAAAAGUCAUCAGAAGUAGAAAUUUUAGUACCUGUCCUCAAAAUAGUUUCUUUUGGCUCAUGUAAUGGCAACACAGAUGCAGAGAAAAGGGACGGGAGCUGGUUAUGUGUUGGAAGCACUGAUGGUCUGUAUGUAGUCAACCUGGCUACAUCAGAGCUAGUAACUGUUUUACAUUUCAGAGAUUACCCCAAUUUGAGCAUCUCGAUGGCUGGGUCUUGGGUCUUCUCUGACAAACAUAACAACUCUAUGCUGUUUUUAGUGAGCUCUUUGUUUACUCCAUGUGUGGCCCUGUUGGAGUUCUGUUUGGGUGACGUAAAAAGAAUCCAGGCGGGAAGUCAAGGCUUUUCAAUAUUUCCAAGUUCCCCCCCACUGCUGGAGUCACCUCUCAAUGCUGAGUUGAAGAAGAAGGAGCCCAAUCAUUUGAAGAAAAAAGGUGGUUUAAAGGAACAGCCGCUUGUCUUUCACUCAAAGGUGAAAUCAUCUGGAUACACAAGCUCCCCAAGAAAGCUUCUUUAUUCACCCAAAACAACUGCUGCGAAAAGUAAGUCCUCAGUGAAGACUAAUAAGAAGAAAGGUUCAUUCCUCAAAGAUUACCCAGAAGACACUGCCGCACCUACAGUUCUUCAUGUCAAUUUAAGUAUUUCAAGCAAGCCAGUGUAUUGCCUGCAGUACUCAGGCGAUGGAAAGGAAAUCCUGUGUGGCCUAGGUGACAACUCUGUGUUUAUGUACAAGUCUUCCCUUACUGGCAAUCCAGCUGUCUAUACAGGGCAUGACAAGCCAGUGAGCAGUGUGAGCUGGAGCCUCAACAGGCAGUACUGGUUAAGUGCAUCACAUGACCAGACUCUGCGACUUUGGACUCAUGACAUCCCUGAGCUGGAGCCUGCUGUUAUCAUGAGGAAAAACAUGUCCUCUAAACAUAUCAAAGCUGCCCAGUUUUAUUACCUGGACAAGUUUUUGCUACUUGCAUUGGGAGACUCACUACACCUGUAUUUGUAUCAUGUGGAUGUCACGCAUGAUGACAUCAAAAGAUAUCAGCAGCGGAGUUUUGUCAAAUUGUCAAGCUGCUUUUCAACAUCCGCAGGUGCCGAUAUUACAGACUUGUCUGCUAUCAAUGAUUUCUUCGCAUACAUUGUUCUGACAUGUACUUCCAAUCGUUCCAUUCAAGUGUUUGACAUGAACAAAGGUAUAGUCGCCGCGGAGGUGCCCGAUGCUCACAGCAGAGCCGUCCACUGUAUAACACAAAACAAGGGCUCAAUGUUCAGCACACAGGCACCAGAAUCGUAUAACCUCUUUGUCACGAGUGCAAUCACGGAUGGCUUGAAGAUGUGGGACCUUCGCACACUUAGGUGUGUACGCCGUUACGAUAAUCAUGUGAACCGCUGCCAUUCCUGCUCUUCCGCCAUUUCGCCGUGUGGUCGAUUCAUAGCGUGCGGCUCAGAGGACAAAUGUGCUUAUGUUUAUGACAUAAGAAGCAGCAGCUACCUUCACAAGCUUCAGAGACACUCUGAGACGGUGCUAAGUGUGACCUUUAACCCUGCUACUCCACAGCUGCUGACCGGGACUCUGGAUGGGAAGAUAAGCCUGUUUGAUCCCAGCAGCGGGCUCUGUCUGUCUCAUGACACCAGCUCUGCUGCACAUAACAUCUCCAGAAUGUCCAUGUAAACACAAGAUGCUUCUGCAAAGGCCAUUGAAGACCAACCUGUUUAAUAUUUACUUAUUUCAAGCAUUAUGACGUAUUGUUACGGUCAUUUUAAUGUGGUCCCUUGUACAGCCUAUAAAAAGAUAGAUCUUGUGGAGUGGUCAGGUUGACAAAAAAUAUCCACCAAAUUUGCCCCAAUUUGUAUUUUUGUAAAUCCUCAAUUUGACUGACGAUUUGAGGUUUUCACCAGCCUUAUUUAACUACAAUGUCUUGCUAUAAUAUUUCUCCAAUUAGACAUAAUUAUAGCUAAAUUAGCCAAAGACAAUCCCAUCAAGUUGCUCCCAUCCAUUUACCCCCAAUGAGCAUUGGGGCAGGUCAAGGAUCAAAAUGAUGUAGAACAGAUGUAGUAGUGCAUGGCUAGCUGUGAUCACCACUUAGCACACGAGGUCCAUGACGUCAACUGGGUGCAACCUGUGAGGCUGCCAGGCCCACAGAUGCUGCUACUACUGCUUGUCGCAUUGGGCUCGAACUUUUUUUCUCUCAGGCCAAACCAAAAUGUCACACCUGCCUGCAAGGGUUCACAAUGUAAGUUAGCGGGUUGCCAUGGUUUCUGAUGGACAUAAAUAAAACAUUGCAUGACCAUUA